UUAGGCUCCACCUUCUCUGUGUCUACAAAGGACUACACAGCAGCUGCUACAUCACAGAAAUGUUUGUUCCAGAGGAAGGAAAAGUUCUCAGGUCCAGAAUUCAUUAUUUUGUCAAGUGAACCACCAGUGACUUUACAGCUGCCUGGAUCAAUUGUGACUAAGAAAGGAAAAUCCUACUUGUCCCAAAGGGAUCUCAAUGUGAUUCUACUCAAUGGUCAGUGCCUUGAGGUGCAAUGUGACAUCAAGUCCAAGGCAAGAGAUGUUUUCAAUACUGUGGUGGCAUAUGCAAGCUUGGUGGAACAUUCCUACUUCGGUUUGGCUUACCUGAAAGGUAAGGAGUUUUUCUUUUUGGAUGAUGAGACCAAGCUCUACAAAGUGGCCCCAGAUGGCUGGAAUGACCAACCAAAGAAGAAAACCUCCAUCAUCAACUUCACACUCUUCCUAAGAAUAAAAUUCUUCGUCAGCCACUUCAGUGUUAUCCAGCACAGCUUGACGAGACACCAGUUUUACCUGCAGCUUCGUAAAGAUAUUUUGGAGGAACGGUUAUAUUGCAAUGAUGAGACUGCCCUGAAACUUGGAGCUUUGGCUUUACAGGCAGAGCUUGGCAAUUAUGCUUCUGAGGUACAUGGAAAGAGUUAUUUUCGUGUUGAAGACUACAUUCCAGCAAGCCGAAUAGAGAAAAUGACCCUGGCACAUGUACAGAGAGAGCUUGCUAAAUUACAUCGCAUGAAUCGCUCCCUGUUUGAGGAUGAAGCUGAACUAGAAUUUUUAAAGGUAACUCAGCAGCUUCCUGAAUAUGGAGUACUAUUUUAUCGUGUGUCCCAAGAGAAGAAAGGAACAGGAGGGGACAUUAUCUUGGGAAUCUGUGCCAAAGGCAUCAUUGUAUAUGAGGUCAAAAAUCACACAAGAAUUGCCAGUUUAAGAUUCCAGUGGCGGGAAACAGAGAGAAUUUCAGCUCAUAGAAAGAAAUUCAUAAUUGAAAGUAGCUUCAGUGGCAAGAAACACACAUUCAUUACUGAUACAGCAAAGACAUGCAAAUAUCUACUGGACCUCUGCUCAGCCCAACACAAAUUCAAUGCACAAAUGAAUUCCAGGCAACUUCGUCAAACUUCAUCAGAGGAAAGUAAAUUUAUGGAAAUAGACAAAUCAAAUUCUGCAUAUGCAGCUCAGCAUGAACACCUUGCACUGAUUCAGAGACUAUCUCGUUCAGAAAAUGUGCUGUAUGGGACAAACGUGGAAAACCUUUCUGCUGAGAUGAUGAGCAAGUCCUGUGACAACCUCAGUGUGGAAACUAACAACAGGACAAGAGACAGAAGCAAUCUGGGCAGAUCCACAUCAGGGCUAUCCCAGUCAGAAAUGCACAUCAACUUGAAUGGAAAGCAAAGGAGUUAUGACUACCUCUCUAUUCAUUCAACUCAGAACACAAUCAGUGCCCCUGGAUCACCAGCUGUCCAAAAAGAAGUUUUACUAUGUGGUCUAGAAAGAGAAAUAAUUUGUGUCAGCCUAAAACGUGACCCUAAAAAUGGUUUUGGUUUUGUAAUUAUUGGAGGAGAAAAUGUAGGAAAAUUAGACCUCGGUAUCUUUAUCGCUUCAAUUAUCCCUGGAGGACCUGCAGACAGAGCUGGAAAUAUCAAACCAGGGGGACGACUCAUCUCUGUGAAUAAUAUUAGUCUUGAGGGUGUUUCGUUCAAUACUGCAGUUAAAAUUAUACAAAAUUCUCCUGAUGAAGUUGAGCUGAUCAUCUCUCAACCCAAAGACAUAUACGAAGAAGGAUUAAAUGAAGAGAAGAGUAUAUCAAGGGGAAACAGCACUAGUGGUUCUGAGAUCUCUUGUGUAGAGAGUGGAAGAAAAAAGAUUCAAGACUGUUGUGCAGCUGUCCCCAAAGAACAGGCCGUAAAUAUAGAUGAACUUGAAAAGGCUCUUUCUUGGAGUUUAGCACCAAAAUUGGGCCCCAAGAUCCCAGUCCUUUCAGCAGAUAGCCUGGAUGUGGAGGAGGCUGAUUCAUCACACUUACAACCUCCAGCUGAAACCAACUCAAAUGAAACGUACACUGUGGAGCUUGUUAAAGAAGAUGGGACUUUUGGAAUCAGUGUGACUGGUGGAAUUAACACUAGCGUGCCUCAUGGUGGAAUAUACGUGAAGUCAAUUAUUCCCAGGGGACCGGCAGAUAAGGAUGGACAAAUAAAGAUAGGUGAUCGUCUACUGGAAGUAGAUGGAAUCAGCCUCUGUGGCCUCACACACAAGCAGGCUGUGGAAAACCUUAAGAAAUCUGGCCAGGUUGCCAAGCUGGUUCUAGAAAGGGGACACCAUCAAGAAGCAGAGCCAUGCCUGAGUACUAACGACAGGAAAAAGGACCAAUAUGCAGUGGUUUCUGUGGCAACAUCCUUCACAGAUGGCAGCAAGGAUUACUGCUUUUUGACAGAUGAGAAUACUUUUGAAGUCAAACUGACAAAGAAUUCUGGAGGCCUUGGCUUUAGUGUUCUUCAGAUGGAAGAAGAAGGCUAUGAAUAUCUUGGAGGAGCUAUUGUCAGAAUCAAAAGGCUGUUUCCAGGGCAGCCAGCUGAGGAGAAUGGAGAAAUUGAAGUUGGAGACAUCAUUUUGGCUGUGAAUGGGAAAUCUCUUCAAGGACUCUUGUAUCAGGAUGUCCUGCACCUGUUGAGAGGAGCUCCUUCAGAAGUCACACUACUUCUCUGCAGACCACCAAAAGGUGUUCUUCCAGAAAUUGAGCAGACUGCCCUGACUCCAGCACCAUCUCCAGUUAAGGCAUUUAUGGCAGAGAUGCCAGGCAGUCCAGAGGCAGGAAAUAGUUUGGACCCAUCUACCAGUGAUGGAGGUAGCACCUCUCAAGACCUCGAAGACUGUUUGGAUUCUCCAUUGGCAGCAGAUUUCAGUGAACCUCCUGAUGAGGAGAGCUCAACCUACGAAGAGCAGGAAACAGAGUCUCAAGAGAAUCCCACCCAGAGACUUAUGCCUCCCAGGGAAAGUUCCUAUAAGGAUCUUUGGAAGUUUCAUCAAGAAGCUGACAGUUCUGAAGAGUUUCACUCUUUAGAGGAAGAAGUGAAGCAGAACUGCUACUCGCCAUGUGAACUAGAAUGUGCUGAAAACUCAACAUCUGUGACCUCAUUUUCAAGAGGAGGAAGCUCAGAGACUGUCUCCACAAACUUGGUGACUCCACAACCACGUGUCUGUGGCCCUUUCUCAUCAUCCCUGACUGCUAGAGACACACAGAACAGUGACAAUGAAUGGGAAGACAUGGAGGAAGAGAAGGAGGAAAAAGAGGAUUGCACUAGGGAAAUGGAGGUCUUUGUCACUUUGACAAGGUUAGAGAACAAUGGUUAUGGAUUCUCAGUGGUUCUUAACAAAGUGGACAACUGUCUUUAUGUUGAUGAAAUCUUGCAUGAGCCUGCCCUGUCAGAUGGAAGGCUAAGAAGGGGAGACAGAAUCGUUAUGGUGAAUGGAAUUGAUGUCACAUCUUUACAAUGCAAUGAAGCCCUGAGUUUGCUGCAGAGCUCUCCUCCUGAUCUGCACCUUGUGGUUGGUCGUGCUGGCAGCGAUCCACGUCCUUCUAUCAGGCCAGAUGACAUUCCUGAAAUCACUCUCACAAAAGGUGCCAACGGACAGCUAGGCUUGAAGCUGACAGGAGGAGCUGGAAGCAAGCUACAAGGUAUUUAUGUUCUAGACAUAGUGCCUGGCUCUCCUGCCAGUGUGGAAGGCAGUCUGCAGCCACGAGAUCAGAUUCUGUACAUCUGUGGGCUGUGGACUGAGGGCAUCAGCCUGGAUGAUGCAGUAAGAGUGUGUGAAGCUGCCACCCAGAAUGUCCAAAUCAAAGCAACAAGAAAUGGCAAUCCUGUGGUCCCUAUAGAGCAAGAAAAUAGGCUGCCUGCUGAGACAGAGAAAGACGAUACUUGUCUCUCAAAUGAAAACCUGAAUUCCCAAGAGCAGCAUCUACUAAGCCAACACGAGAAACAUUUGAAGGAAACAAAUUGUGAAGCUCAGCAAAGCACUCCCAAUUCUCCAGAAUGUAAGGACUUCAUUAUUAAGAUAGAAUUGGAAAAAGCAGAAAAUGGAAGCCUAGGAUUUGCGCUGGUUGGUGGCAGAAAUGGCAGGGCUAUCCUAAUAAAAGCCAUCAGCCCAAACAGUAUUGCAGAUCUAGAUGGGAGGCUUCAAGUUGGUGACAUCUUACUUAAGGUAAAUGAGACUUUAGUAUCUGGUCUACCACGCCAAACAGUUAUAGAUUUGCUGCGCAAGGCUCAAGGCACUGUUCAGCUCACUGUCUGCCGAAGCGUAGCUUCACGUUGGGCUUACUCAAGCAACCAGAGAAACAGCAUACCUUCCCCUCCAAACACAAACACAGAGCCUGAUGACCACAACAUUGAGAGAAGCCUAGAAGCUCAAUCUGUUUUCACUUUGAAGGAAGAAUCCAACUGGAUGUGCAGCAAGCUAUUUCUUAUCUUACAACCACAGGGUCCAAAAAGUAUACACUGUUCCCCUCUGCAAGGUCAGAUGAUUGGACAAGAUUAUCAGGGUAUCAUCAGUAACACUUCAGACGUAUCACAGAAAUACGCAGGAUAUGAAGGCUGCAGAAGAGAAAGUCAACAGUCUGAGUCAGAUAGCUGGAACAAUGAAGAUGAUGAUAUGUUCCACAGGACUUCCAUUCUACCUAGAAGCAGAACCUUUGUUUCUGAAGAUGAACUGACUCAUUUAAUUAACCUUAAAUCCUCACCAACCAGAGUACGUCCAAGGACUGGCAUCAGACAUUUUAUUGAGGGCCUUAAGUCACGGAUUGAAAAUCAAGAGGUCUUGAAAGAGUUUAUGGCUUUGGAACAUGUGAAGCCAAUAGAUGACUGCAGAACUGGCAAAGCACCAGAAAAUCGGGAUAAAAAUAGAUAUCAAGAUAUUCUUCCAUAUGAUAAGACACGAGUUCUCCUGGGAGAAAACAAUGGCUACAUUAACGCAAGUUAUAUCAGAAUGAAAGUUGGAGAAGAGGAACACUUCUACAUUAUAACUCAAGGGCCUCUGCCUUCUACUAUGGCUGAUUUCUGGCAGAUGGUAUGGGAGAGUGAAUCAGAUCUGAUUGCCAUGAUGACAAAAGAAGUUGAGCUAGGAAAAGUGAAAAGUCAUCGAUACUGGCCUGAACCUCCACACGACUCCAUAGAUCUGGAUAAUUUUCAUCUCAGGCUGGACAGUUACCAGAUUCUGGAAUACUUCAUAAUUAGGAUAAUAGAAAUGAUCAACAAGCAGACAGAUGAGAGGCGAAUUGUAAGUCAUUUGCAGUUUACCACUUGGCCAGACCACAGUAGUGCCAAACUGUCUGAGCAGCUUGUAAAAUUUAUUUGUUAUAUGAGGAAAGCUCACAGAAGAGGACCUGUUGUUGCUCACUGCAGUGCUGGGAUAGGAAGAAGUGGAGUUUUGCUUUGUGUUGAAAUUCUUCUGAGCUAUAUAGAAAAAGAUCUCUGUUUCAACAUCAAGCACAUAGUGAGAGAUCUGAGAGAACAGCGGUUUGGCAUGAUCCAAAGUAAGAUGGUCUGCUGGAAGCCAGUAGAAGAUAUAAAUAGGAUUUAUGACAUGAACCAGAUGCUAAUUUCAAACAUACUGACAAAGAUCCAGAACAGCUUUAAACCGGUGGAGUAAACCUGGAUCUAUAUUGGUAUAAGUAUAAACAGAAUUUUCUGUUUUGUCUUAAAUUAAUUGAAUUUGAGCCUUCUAGGCUUCAUACUUACUAAACUUACUUUCCUUAUGUUGCAUAUAAAGGACUAUUUGCACAGUUUUGUCAAGCAUCAUCAGCCAAAUUUUUACUCAUAACGCCAUUACCUCCAUUUGCUAUUUGGCCUUUAACUUUGAUUUUAAUUAUUGUACAUUUACUUCUAUGCAAGAUAACACUGCAACUAAAUGCACAAUUCACUUCUGUACCACAGCAGCUUUAAAAACUUCUCAGUAAAAAUCUUCCUGUGCUUCUUGCAAGGGUGUUUUUUCUGUGGUUUAGAACAAAGAUUCUGGACUUUGAAGACAAUCUUUGUGGCACUAUUUGUUCCUCAUUUGUGCAUCAUCUUUGCAGCUGUU